AUGAAUAAUUACAAUAAAUCAGCCAAGCAGAGAAUAGAAAUAGACAUUCUCAAAUAAUAUUAUUCGGAAUCCUAAGCCUAAUUCACUCGAGACUUGGAUGCGAUGCAAUUGAUGUUAAAUAAAUCGGAGAGAGAAAAACAAGAGGCAUCCAAGAGGAUUCAAUUAAUAAGUCGCAACUUCACUUCAUCUAACGAUUAUCAAAUAACUUAGGAGAACAACACAUUAUUUAAAACAGCUAAAUAUGCAUUAACUGGCUAUGAGCCCUAAUCGUUAAAUUAAGAAUCCUCAUACUAUUUUUAAUAAGAACUGCCAUACACCACCACGAAAGUGCACGAAACGAAGAAGGAACCUACUGUCUAAACUGUAAUAGUCAAAAAUUCAAAAGGGUUGCAAGAUGAAUCAAAAAUCUAUUUCCAGGAGGAGAACAAUAUGCACUCCCAGAGCAUCAUCAACAUAAUGAAUGAUCUGGAUUAUCAUAGAAGAGUGCAUACCGGUCAAGAUAGGGUUUCUGAGAUGGAAUCAAUUAAGCCUAAGCCUUAUAAGACUGAAGGUUAAUCAGCGUCGGUUUCGUUUACUAGAGAGUUAUAAAAGAAUGAACCAUUACUAUUGGAAUAAUAAUAUGAGCCAAUCCAUCAUAUUGAGUUUAAUAGGCAGGAAUAGAUGUAGGAAGAUAAGAUUGAUCUCUAAAUCGAUGAUUUAUUGGAGGAAAUUUAGGGAUUGGUUGGUAAUGCAUCUAAGAAUCCAGAAUAAACAUUGGUGUCUUCUAAAUUGAAAGAGCAGACUGAGAGAAACAAAAUAGCAUUGGUUGUAGAUAGAGGAGAGAAUUUCCAGCCAGUUACUUUAGUGAAUACUCAGAUCAUUUUGCAAGAUUCCAAAGUUCUGAACAGUAGAGUGAAAGAUGAGAACUUGGAAAAUCUAGAUAAAUUGAUCUCAGAAUUAUGUAGUUGA